UUUUAGGAUUAUCUCAUAUUGAUUCAGUAUUGAAAAAUCUGCAGUAGUAAAAAAAUGAUUUUAACCGCUAUACUAACCAUCUUUCUAAUUAAAGAUGGAAUUGCCUAUAAAGAUUGUGAUGGACAUGACAGAUUUCCCGAUUAUUACUGGAGAGAAUACAAAGGCGAGAUCCCAGCAGAUGCUAUACCUGGAGGUCGCGAUACCAAAGGCAAAACUACAUAUAUAGGCCACUUUCAUAUACCCAAUCAAGGAAUACACCCUGCCGUUAUUUAUCCGGAUACCAAGACCCUAUCGGUUUCGGCAAGUCAGCUAACCCGCAAACCUGGGAAGGAUACAAAAAUUUUGUGCUCUCGUGCUCAACACAUGUUUAAAUGGAUACCUACAAAUCUUUCGACAAUUCACCUUUUAACGGGCUAUCAUUUUGUCGUUGGAGGUUUUCACCCAAACCAAAUGAUGUAUAUAGGAAGAAGAAAAAUGGACAAUGGAGAACUGCUAGUUGCUAAAGUUUUAGAAUAUAGUGAGGGCGCUAAAGGUAUACAUGUAAAUAUCAAUAAGCAAUUAUCAAAGGCACUACCAGAUUUUGAAUUAUUAGUGUAUGAUUAUCAAGCUUGUUAAUUUAUAAGCUAUAAUGUAGCGAUAAUAAUUAGGAGCAUGAUGAAUUUGACAGCAAUAUUAAAAUUUAAUUAAUGUAAUUGUAAAUAAAUCAAGAAGCAAAUUA